ACCCUGUUAAAAUGUUGCGAGGGAUACUAUCAUAUUGGAUUUUUCCAAUAAUCUCCGGCGUAGUCUGGCUCGGCACCCUCCUCGGCCUGCUCAUCUACUGGUGCACCGACGAACACCGGCGUCAUUAUUCCUCCAUGGAAUCGCGGCAAACCAUAGCCUACAUCUCCGACGUUGGCGCCUCCACCUUGAAGCCCCUCUUCAUAGCCGGCUGUUCCGUGACCACCGUCUUCCUGGACCUCUCUUUCGGCGCCGACCGCUGGCUCCGCCACAAGGGCCGCUUGGUGCCCAACACCACCGUGACGGAAAAGGUCCUUUCGGGCAUCACCAUUGUGUUUGCCAUCAUCGGCACCUGCGGCCUGAUCCUGUUGAGCAUCUUUGACACGGCGCGAUACCCCCGGCUGCACGAUAUUUUCUUGCUGCUGUUCAUUGCCGGGUACGUCAUCAGUGCCAUCUUCAUCUGCUGGGAGUACCAGCGCCUGGGCAUGCGGUAUCGCGAGCACCGCGUUUUGCGCAUCUCGUUCUGGGUCAAGCUUGCGUUUGUCGUUGUCGAGAUCAUCCUGGCCGUCGCGUUUGCCAGUUGUAGUUACACUCAGCACUAUAACCCGGCCGCGGUGUUGGAGUGGACCAUCGCUUUCAUCUUUUCUUUCUACAUCUUUUCCUUCUGGAUCGACUUGUAUCCCGCGGUCAGGACAAAGGGGACCGGUGGGUACAGGGGAAACAAGGGCAUGAACGAGCAUAUGGAACACAGUAGGGAGGAGCAGGGGAUUGCGGGGAGUGAUAGGACGUUGAUGGGAGAGGGAUAUGCGGCUGCUCAUGGUCAUGGCCAAAGGAACAGCUACUACAGCGGUAACGGGUACAGUGGUAGCAGGCCAGGGACGGCGCCGAAUCAGCAGAGCGGGUUGAGGGGGAUGGCGCUCCCUAAUGAUUUUUAGGACAAAAGGCUAGGAUGAUGCGAUGACUGUAUUUCUUUUGAGGAAGAACAAGAAAUGGCGAUCAAAGGAGAUAAAGGAGGAUAUUGAGUAAUGCUGGAGAGUGCUGGGAUACCACAUGGUUUCGAU